CGUAAAAUGUAAAAUAUUCUGCCGACUGCUUAUUAUAAAAUAAUGCUGUUGCCUGCGAAUUCCUCCGGGGAAAACCUGCACUCGGGGAUAAUGUAUUUAGCUAUCCACGUGGGUAUCUACUUAUCAGUGAAACAAUUUUCAGAAUAGGAUUAAUGUUCUGGAGAUUACCCGCUGCAACAAACUUUACUUCUUUGUAGUAUUAGUGUAGAUUUUUUUUUCUACAAUACUAUUUUACAGAUCCUAAUAUGAAAACAGUGUGUGAAUUGUCCCUAUCUGAUAGAUGAAUAUAAAACGAUAAGCAAAUUGACUAAUAUAUUUGAUUUAUGAACAUUUCUGAGUGAGGGGACGUUAUAGAGAAAACUCACAAGCAAAAUCUAGUUUCUAGACCCAGAGGCUUAGAUCGUAAAUCGCUAAGCCAGGCCUGGUCAGCAGAGAAGGCAAUAAAAUAAAGAUAAAUAUGAUAUAGGCAUAAGAUAACCACUUCCUGAAUCCCAGCUUAUUGUUUAGAACAACGACAAGUUUCAAUUUUUGUGACUUUUGGUAAUUAGUCGUGCUCUCAAGGUCGUAUUGUGAGAAAACUAAUAUCAAUGAACUUAAAAAAAAAAAAAUCUAAAAACAAAAAGUUUGUGGAGUUAUACUUAUUAACAUAAUAAUAUUCCCUUAGCUUAAUACAAUGAGCAGACUCAUUGCGAUGCCUUGAGUUAGCUCCAACACUAAGCAUUUGUCUCGUGGAUGGUGUAUAGAGCGAGUGGUUCUAAACAAACUAAGUUGCACGUACAUGUAGUUCGCACAAAAACGUUUGAAAAUAAUUCACAAACAUUGUUUUACGUUGGUAUUAUACAGUCAGUCAGUCAGUGUUACAAACACAACAAACUUUGAAAGUUACGUGCUGAGUGUCAUUGGAAUUGUAGCUCUGUGAUUGGUCAAAAUGUGGUCUAUUCCGAUUCCGGACGGCCUGGUAAUGGACCCGAUGUCGCCCACGGCGCUUGCAGUCCCCGGUGAACUUAUGGACCGCAUUGGCAAUGGGCUGAAUAUACUUAGGGACCACGGCAAGAAAGUUCAAAAGUAUCUCCUAAAAAACAGAAAGUUUGAAGUUUCCAAGAAAUCAUGGACGUCAAUAGUGAACAUUGUUUUGAUCGAAGCCAAAGACUUGCCAGACUUACCUGCGAAUGGAUCUAGCGGACUGUACUGCAAAUUCAAGUUGGGUGGGGAAUCCCACAAAUCAAAACAGGUCCACAAAACAAAACCAAUAUGGCGCGAGAGGUUCAAUUUAUACCUUUACGAUGAUAACGCUCUAGAGGUCAACGUGUGGCACAAAACUAAGCAAAAAAACUUUAUGGGAAGGUGUGUCAUCGACCUGUCUCAGCUGGAGAAGGAGAAGACGCACGAUCUAUGGCAAGAGUUGGAUUGCGGCUUCGGCUCAGUUCAUCUGCUGAUCACUCUCAGUGGAUCAGAUAGGUGCAUAGUCGCUGAAAACGUGCUCACAACUAACGGCGUACAUCACGAACCACCUACGGAAGAAAAGUUUCAAUGGUACAGAUUUGACAAUUGGAGCGAAGUCGGCCAGCUAACCGUAACCGUACAUGGCGCGAAAGGGUUGACUGCGCUCAAUAUUAGUGGUAAUAUCAACGCCUACUGCGUGCUAGAGUUGGACAACUCAAGGAUUCAAACCCAUACUGUUAAAGGCACCUCGGAACAUAAUUGGAACAAGAACUUCAACUUUGAAGUAAAUGAUGUCACAUCUACAUUAGAUAUCACAGUAUACGAUGAAUCAAUGAUACAGUCAAUGAAAGGUGAAAAAAUAGGUAAAGUGUCAAUACCUUUGUUGAGGAUAAAUAACAAUGAAAAGCGGUGGUAUGCACUCAAAGAUAGGUUAAAAAAGAAUAGUGCAAGGGGGAACUGUCCUAGAAUACUUCUGGAAAUGUCGCUUGUGUGGAAUCCGGUAAAGGCGUCCAUGCGUGUAUUAAGCCCAAAGGAAACCAAAUAUAUCCAAAAACCAGCGAAAUUUGACAUCCCUCUCAUUUACAGUAAUUUAAUAUUCGUCAAAAAUAUAUUCAAAGUUUUCCAAAUUGGAAAUGAACACUUGAAGCAAGUGUUUGAAUGGGAUAAUCAAGAAAAAUCGGUUUGCGCACUAAUCGGAUGGCUAAUAUUUUGGUACUUCUUUAGAAUGUGGAUGACGCCCCUUUUGUUAACUUUGCCUUUUGCUCACUACUGGCUCACCCAAAGAAAUAAUAAUGUUCCUGUCCCCUUAUACCAAAUAGCUGAUGAAGAUUAUCAAGAGGAAGAACAGGAACCUAAGGAUGACAAGACAAUCAAAACUCGUAUCAAUGAACUUCAAGAUCUCACAUUAACAAUCAAGAAUGCGAUCGAUUAUGUGGUGUCCCUUCUCGAAAGGAUAAAAAACUUGGUGAACUUCAGCGUGCCAUACUUGAGCUACUUGGUCAUCAUAACUCUAAUUGCUUCGUCAAUAGCUCUGUACCUGAUUCCGAUCAACUAUUUAUUUAUGGCUCUUGGUCUUUAUAAGUUCACUCGUAAGUUCUUAAAUCCUGCGAGAGUCCCUAACAACGAUCUUCUAGAUUUCAUAUCACGAGUUCCUGAUGAUGAGAUAUUGAAACAAUGGCGCGAGUUGAAAGUUCCUGAGCCAAAUCUAAAUCCACCAGAUCCAGCAAAAAGCAGAUAGUGAAGAAUAAUUUAAAGCAUUGGUUGAAACAUUGUUAAAUUAUGGACACAGUGCCAUAUUAUGAAGGGCGGUGCGGCAGGGUGUUUUAAGGACGAUAGGUUAUAGCAUGGGACGAAUCGAGCGUGCAAUAUUAUAACUUAAUAUUCCCUAAGAGCAGUUUGUAAUUUAAAUUAAGAAUGCUCAUUCUUGAAUUAUUGAGUAAAUUUUGUUGCACUGCCAGAUGCUCAAUGCAAAUGAAUGAAUAGUGAUUGUAUUUUAUUAGAUUUUAAUAAUAAAGUCAAUUAAAAGUAAGCUGAGACUGUAUAGUGUACACCUGUUACGUAAAGGCGGCAGUUUUAGUUAAAACGAUAACACAAAAUAUAAAAUUUAUUAUUUCGUUAUUUUGGUACCAAAAAUCACAAUGAUCAGUUGCUCCUUUGCGACGUGAUUGAAGGACAAACCAAUAAACCAAGAAACAAACACAUUUGUAAUAUGGGUAGUGAUACAUCGGUAUACUAUUGGUAUACCGCUACUAAAAUUUUAUAUUUUUAACGUAACAUAACGAAAUGUUUAAAAAAAAUGGUAACGGUAACCUUUCCUGGUUCUGAGAUAAGCACUUUUUAUUACGUAUCUCAGCUUGCUUUAGGAAUUCCGGUAAUAAUAAUUCUGAUUUUAAUUUUUAAUAUUCUUUUUAUUUAUACUUAUAUUAUAAAUGCUGUAAAUAAAUUAAUUUAAAUUAGAUAUAAUAUUACACAAUAGACUACCUCAAGUUAGGGGUACUUAUUGAUCUUGGAAUCUUAAACGAUUUACAAGGACGUUGGUAUUCUUCAUUGGGUUCUGGAACACCUAAUUCUUUCCAAUCU